AUGAUAGAUGUGAGAAGGAAGACCGGCCCCCCACCCCCGGGAGCAGCUGUCCCAGGGUUCACAGCCCCGGGGAUUCCCCAGCCCCAGGGACAGGACUACUCCCAGGGCAUACCGGGACAAUACCCCCAGGGACAAGGAAGCUACAACUCCUCUAUUGGAUUUGGUGGUCAGCCUGGGUACCAGCAGUCCGGCUACCAGCAACUGCCUGCGCCAGGCGGUUACCCACAAGCCCCUGCAGCUGGAGGCUACCCACAAGCCCCUGCGGCAGGCGGUUAUCCACAAGCCCCUUCAGGCGGCGGCGGCUAUCAGCAACCAGCCGCGCCAUCUAACAUCUACUCCGGCGGUGGCGGUGACCAGCCCCCACCCCCGGCCCAGCCGGCUGCGCCCAAACCUCAGGAAGAACUGCCAGAGGAAGUCCCUGAAGACCCUUUUGCAGGAGAAGAACUUCCCCGGACACCUACAGAUGAUGAAGUCCCUGAAGACCCUUUUGCAGGAGAAGAACUUCCCUGGACACCUACAGAUGAUGAAGUCCCUGAAGACCCUUUUGCAGGAGAAGAACUUCCCUGGACACCUACAGAUGAUGAAGUCCCUGAAGACCCUUUUACAGGAGAAGAACUUCCCCGGACACCUACAGAUGAUGAAGUCCCUGAAGACCCUUUCGGAGGUGAAGAACUUCCCCGGACACCUACAGAUGAUGAACCCCCUGAAGACCCUUUUGCAGGCGAAGAUCUCCCCCGGACACCCACAGAUGAUGCUCCGCCUCCUCAGCCUGUCCCACCAACCCACGAGCUGUCCCAGAUGUCCCUCGGGGGCUGGCAGCCUGGCCAGACCCGCGGCACCGUCGUCCCUACGGAAAACUUCGACGCUGAGGAGGACGCUAAGAUCCUACGCAAGGCCAUGAAGGGAAUGGGAACUGAUGAGAAGGCCAUCCUGGAGCUGUUGGCUGAGCGCAGUAACGCCCAGCGACAGAAGAUCAAGCUGCAGUUCAAGACCAUGUAUGGCAAGGACCUGAUCUCGGACCUGAAGUCUGAGCUGAGCGGAGACUUUAAGGAGAGUGUGAUGGCGUUGUUCGUCCCCACUACGGAGUACGACGCCUGGUGCCUCAACAACGCCAUGGUGGGCCUGGGCACCAAUGAGGAGGUGUUGAUUGAGAUCCUGUGCACUCGAACCAACGAGGAGAUCGCAGAGAUAGUCAGGGUCUACCGCGACAAAUUCCACCGCGACCUGGAGAAAGACGUCGUUGGGGACACAAGCGGACACUUCAAGCGUUUGCUUGUCUCCAUGACAACGGCUAACCGAGACGAGGUGAAGGAGGUUGACCUUGAGAAGGCUAAGAAGGAGGCUAAGGAGCUGUACAAGGCGGGAGAGAAGAAGUGGGGAACGGACGAGUCGGAGUUCAACCGUAUCCUCGCCUGUCGCAGCUUCCCACAGCUCAAGGCUACGUUUGACGAAUACAUCAAGGUCUCCCAGCGUGACAUUAUGGGCACAAUCGACCGUGAAUUCUCUGGACAUGUGCGUGAUGGGAUGAAGGCUAUUGUCAUGUGCGUGCGAAACCGCCCAGAGUUCUUUGCUGACAAGAUCUACAAGUGUGUGAAGGGGCUGGGCACCGACGAUCACACCCUGAUCCGGGUCAUUGUCACUCGCAGUGAGUAUGACAUGGUGGAGAUCAAGCAGGUGUUCCUGAACAAGUACAGGAAGACGGUGUGGAAGGCCAUCGACUCUGACACCAGCGGAGACUACAAACGCAUCCUGCAGGCACUCGUCAAGAAGGACUGAGGACACCUCUCCGCCUCGGGAUUAGAACUUGAGACACGGUGGCUCUUCACACGUUAUACAACAGUCUUUCCUAUAUACCUGCAUAGUUUACACAUUACAUCAGGACUGAGGUAGACGUUAAUACUACAGACAAGUAGAACUAGAAACACGGUGGCCCUUCACACGUUAUAAAAGUCUUUCCUAUAUACAUAUACCUGCAUAGUUUACACAUUACAUGAGGACUGACUCAAAGGUAGAUCCUUAGACUACAGACAAGCGCUGCAUAUGUUAUAAAAAUGUUCUUUCUUAUCUGAAAAGUUUACACAAGAACGUAAGGGACUGACAAUAGACAUUGAUAGUGCUGUAUACAUUUACUGUUAUACAAUAUUAUAGCUCUGUAGAAUUUUAAACAAUAGACAAGCGCUGCAUAUAUUAUAUCCAAUAGUCUUUCUCUUCUACCUGGUUUACUCAUAGAAUUGAGGGGACACACAACUCUCACUGAGCAAGCGUAGAACAAUGGACAAGGUAUUGCUAUGUACAUGUACAUCAGGCAACACCAAUAGAUUUACUUGGUUCUCAGAUUCUUUUUCAAAUUAAAAUAUAGCGAGCGAACAUCAUAAAAGCAAAGGGUGGAGAGGAGAACUUGAAUGUGACCGUAUUCAGUCCAUAAAACUGAGUGCACUAAGGUAUAAACCUGGUCCUCAGGCUUUGUCUUCAUUAUGUUUUGCCAGUUAAGAAUUUUUUUUUUUAAAUCCGAGAACCAACAAUUUAAAUUGGUGUGUCCUUACCAUCAUGCCAUUGCACAGACUUUUCAACUAUAGACAUAGCAGUACUGCACUUGCAUGCAUGAUACAAUAGUUCUAGACAUAGAAACCUUUACACAGAAGUGCUGAAGGCUUGUAAACAGUGGUAGUGCUAAAUUUAGUAGACAAUAAGUGUUUCUUCUAUGCAUGUAUAGUAGGUGUUGCAAACCAUACACAUCACUACAAAAAGAAUUUUGCACAGUAACGGGCCCCUGGGGCAUUAUUAUGUAACACGCUGAAAUCAUUACACAGUAGAGAUAGCUCUGAUGGUUUUCACAGAGUUAACUCUCUAAACAAGACUUAAAUCUUCAGUGCAGCUGCAGAAUUAACUUUGAAGUUCAACAAACUUUAUACAACAGUGCUGAAGGCUUAAUGCACAGAAGGUACAAUUAUGAAGAACUUAUACAUGCUCUAUACUGGAGGCAUUUGUGAAAGCUUAUUUUUUAAUCAAGAAUAAUUAUGCUGAUGUAGAAAUUAUUGUAGUGGCUGAAGAAAUAUUGUGUAUAAUGUAGAAUGCAUCAAUUGUAGCAAAUUUGAGAAUAUAGACGCUAAUUAGGAAAGCAGAAAGGAAGGAAGCUUUUGUUUUCAGGUUUCUGCACAAAGAAUUUUAGCUGCUUUGGUAAACAUUGUGGUAGUUACAAUACAGAGAGAGUUCAUACAGAUUUUUGGGAUUGUAGGUAGAACUUUGGUGUAGAAAAAGUUGGUUGCAUUGUUCAGUGUCACAUCAUUCUGGCUAUAUGUUCAUCAGUGUAUCUGUAUAUCCUGUCAACGAUUGUGUGGUUGAAUAAACAUUUUGGAAACUGGACUUUCUGUACUUUAAAGGGCUGAAAACUUAAUGUACGAUCCCCGAGUGAAUCCAUUAUAGCAGGUAUUGUACAGUAAUAAGCUAGUUCAGGGUUGGAAGUGCACAUGCACUGUGUGCUGCAGAGUGGAUAAUAUGUCAAAGUGGAUCGUCCCUUGCCAUUCUUUAUGUAUUGCCAGGGGCACUGUGUUUUAAUUGCAAAGUAUGUGACUGUAUAAUUGCAACUCGCCCCUCAACUUCGACCUACCACUCAUGGUGCAUUGCACUGCAUGUGCUCACUUCACACUCUGAACUAACUUAUCCUAUCCGGCACCAUUGCUUUUGGUGCACUGUCAAGUUCAUAUGUCAACCUCACCUAUAAUUCACCAAGAUGUCAGUUCCAAGGUGAAGUACAAUAUGUUUAACCUACAUGUUUUGGGGGUUAUUUUCUAACUUAAAGUUUGACUAGCAAUGAUGUUGCUAUAAAGACACAAAGCUUGCCCAAAGACUUUCACAUUGUACCUUAUAGUCUUGAGACCUAAAAUAUUGUAAAGACGUUAUUUGCACCGUUACAUGAUGAUGUUAUUAUAUAUGUGCUACCUCCUUGAUCAAAUGACUGUGAAUCUUUGUUUUAGACAGGCAGUAUAGCACCAUUAGGUUUCUAAAUAAUGUGAAACGUAGUACGUGUUCUCCAAGCAUGUGUAAGGAUCUGGCAAAUCCUUGUGGUGUUUUGCACCAGUCCUGAUUUUGCAACAUUCCUUGCAUUCUCCACCAAAAUCCUAUAAAAAGAGUACAGAAUGUUGCAAAAACAGA